UUCUCCGCUGUCUCCAUAGACGCUGAACGCCGUUAGAAUCGGUCCAACAAUAUUCCCCUCUCUCUCUCUCUCUCCAUCAUCAUCAUCAUCAUCAUCAUCGUCAAGCCUUCUCCACCAUCUCUAGGUUUCCAUUUCCUUCCCCAAAAUCCCCAAAUCCGCUCCCUUCAGCUGCAGGGAAAGCUCGAGCCCGCGUCGUCAUUGACGCUACAAUGACCUCCGUGAAUGACAACCACCUCCCUCAAGCCCUUGUCUCCAAUCUCCAGGAAGUCCUCCUCAGCAGGAAGUCCGAGGAGCCGUCCGAAACCGCCGCCGGGGAAGAAGUUCAGCCAUCCACCUCGGAGCCUGUCAGUGAUUCCUCAAAGCCCAUCGUUCUGGUCACCAAUGGCGACGGCAUUGAGUCCCCCGGCCUCACCUUCCUCGUGGAGGCCCUGGUCCGAGAGGGGCUCUAUGAUGUCCAUGUCUGCGCUCCUCAAUCGGACAAAUCACUUUCAGGUCACUGUGUGACCCUUAGAGAAACAGUGGCAGCCACUUCUGCAGAAAUAAAUGGGGCUACUGCUUUUGAAAUUUCUGGCACUCCUGUGGACUGCGUGUCAUUAGCACUCUCUGGGGCUCUCUUUUCAUGGUCAAAGCCUCUGCUGGUUAUAAGUGGUAUCAACCAGGGUUCAAGCUGUGGCCAUGACACGUUCUAUUCAGGUGCCAUUGCCGGAGCAAGGGAGGCAUUAAUUUGCGGGGUCCCAUCUCUGUCAAUAUCAUUAAAUUGGAAGAAGAAUGAGAGCCAAGAAAGUGAUUUCAAGGAUGCUGUCACCAUAUGCCUCCCAUUGAUAAAUGCAGCUAUUAGGGAUAUUGAAAAGGGGAGCUUUCCUAAAAAUUGCUCCUUGAAAAUACAAAUUCCUACCUCACCAUCGGCAAACAAGGGCUUCAAAGUCACCAAGCAAAGUACGUGGAGAUCCACCCCCAGCUGGUUAGCUGUUUCUGCUAACAGGCAUCCUUCUGCUGGAUUCAUGUCCAAUCAACAAAGCUUGGGUAUUCAACUUGCUCAGCUCAGUCGAGAUGCUUCUGCUGCGGGUGCGGCUCGGCGUAUAAACACACAAAGGAGAAAUGUGGAAAUUGAAUCAAUCGGGGCAGCAGGAAAAUCUGACACCAAUAAAGUGAAAAAGUACUUUAGACUAGAGUUUUCACAGAAAGACCAGGAAGAUGUAGACGAGGAAUUGGAUAUCAGAGCACUGGAAAGUGGAUUUGUUGCAGUAACACCCUUCUCUCUAUCCUCGGACGGAGCAUCAGAGACACAGGCAGCAGCAUCUGAUUGGAUAUCGGCUUUCCUCCAACAGGACCAAUAAGAACUACUAUUCCCUGGAAACCCAGAACAUAGCGCGAUUUUGUAUGCACCUUUCUGGUUGUUCCGCCUUAGAAUUUCUAUUUAUUUGAGAUUUGGCUUUUACUUCCCCUGUUGUUUUCAUUCUUAAUUCAUGUUAUAUCAUUAUCUUUCUUUUGUAAGCUAAAAUAUUGGUGGGGAUGGAGAUGUUUUAUUACAGACUUACAGUUGUUGAUUAAAGUUAUUUUCCAUACUGUGUAAUGGCAAAAUGAUCGGGUCUGAAUUUUACAA